CAUAACAGGACGUUUAUUGUAAGGCUUCUUAAGAACAAGCUCAUAUUCAGAUCAGAGGCAAAACUAAAGGCAUUUCUUUAAACCUGAAACAUAGAGCUGAACCCUUCACUGUGUGUUUCACCUAUUAGGAUGACUGACAUCAGCACAUACCAGUUCCCUGUUAUUGUGAAGUGGGAUUUGGGGACCGAAAAAUUAAUUGAACUGAAGAACAAGCUGAUAGUUUACUUCCAGAGCAAAAAGAAAUCUGGUGGAGGAGAAUGUGUACUCGGUAGCACAGACUGCAGCCAGGGCUUCAUCAUCAUACACUACAAAGAUGUUUCAGUGCGGGACCAAGUUCUGCAACAACAAACACAUGAGCUGCAAUUACCAGGUGGACAGAAAUUAACACUGGGUGUCACUUUGCCUGGAAGUGAAGAUCUGAAAGACAAAACCCCCUCAGAAGAGCAGGUGACAUCUGCUGGUUCUCAAAUAAAGCCCAGUCUGCAAGAUAAAGAUUCUAAAAACACAGAACCUGUUGCAGAGGUCCUUAAAACCUUGCAUGUUUUAAUUGAAAAUGUCCAUGAAACCUGUACACUUGAGAUGCUAAACGAUCUGUUGGAAAGUGUCAGUAAUUUGCGUGAGAACCAAGAUUUCUAUGUAGAAAUGAUUCCUGAGAUCAGUUCUGCUGUUGUCACAUUCACAUGUCCUAAUGAUAUCUCGUCUUUAAUCAAAAACAUUUCAAGCAACUCUAGUUUGAAGGACCUGAAUCUCAUAGCUAAGCCUUUAGAACAGACAAAAAGCAUUAGGGUGGAGAAUUUGCCACCCAACACAUUAGAAGAUUAUCUUAUUAUCUACUUUGAGAGCCCAAAGCAUGGAGGUGGCCAAGUCCAGGAGGUUGAGCUGAUACCUGAAGAGGAUGCGGCUAUCGUUAGUUUUUGUGAUAAAGAAGUUCUAAAGUCUCUGCUGGAAAUGCAGCACUUGUUUGGAAAGAAGUCUAUAUCUGUGUACCCGUUCUAUCCAUCACUGGGUGUGGCACUGUAUGGGAAGAAUAUACCAUGUGUUGAAAUACCUGGGCCUCUUGAAUUCCCAAUGAGUCCAUACAUAUUACAGUUUAUCCUGAAAGAUGAAGCUAUAAAAAAGAGCAUAAAUGAAAAGAUGGCUGAUCAAUACUGUGAUAUCAAAUGGCCUGAAGCCGGCAGCCAAAACCCAGUGAUUAAGCUUUUUGUUUCUAGCAACAGAACCGCACAUCAUAGGACAAUGGCAAAAACUGCCAAUACAUGGAGAAAUCAGGUUUCCACAGAGCUCUCUUUAAUUAUCUCCAAAUUCACAGCCUGUGAAUUCAAUGUCAACACAUCAGUUUGGGAAGAAAUUAAAGACAAUGUGUACAAGUCCAUUUGUGAAACUGUCAUGAUCAAAGCUGACAUUAAUAAAGAAAAAGUUUUCCUAGUAGGUUUUUCAAAGGAUGUAAGUAAGGCAGAGCCCAUAUUCAAGAAACGAAUUGACGAUAUAACUAGACAGAUGGAAAGAAAACAUAAAAGCACACAAAUAACUGUGCCUCUGGCCCCAGCAUUAUAUAAACUGAUGCAGAAAAAUGGAUUAGAGAGCAACAUAUUGAUGGAAUCUCCAGAUUUGCAAAUCAGUUAUGAGGUAUCAGCACAGAGGGUUGUACUAAAUGGACUCAAAAUAGAAGUAAUAGCUGCUAAGUGUGAAAUUCUAAGCAAAAUACAAGAGUUGAAAUCAAAAAACAUUCACAUAGACCCUCAAAUAAGACAAUAUCUGGAAUUAGCUGAUAAUGAUGAAAUGUCUUGUCUACUUCUCCUUCAUCAUAAUAUAAAUGCGAUAUUUCAGAUUGACGGUGAUGUUGUUACACUUACUGGUCUCACUUCUAAGGAUCUGUCACAAGCAGAAGAGCAAAUGCGUAAGGCAAUAGUUCAUAAAUAUGUUUCUGUUGAAGACAAACAGUUAAUCCAAAGUGCGGAAUGGAAAAGCCUUACAACUCGUAUACAGGAAAAAUUAAAUUCUGAAAUGUUAACUGUUCUGAUCGUGGAGGCUGAAAAUCAAGUGGUUAUAGCAGGUCUUACUUCCACAGUAGAAGAAGCCUACCAGCUACUGUAUGAUUUUAUGGAGAAAAACACUCCAGUACAGAAGGAAAUCUCAACCAAAUCUACAGCUAUAAUGCAGUUUUGUAAGGAAGAAAAUGAGGUUUUGCAGGAAAUACAAAAAAAGAUAACAUUGUUAACAAAGAAGAAAUCUUUUGUACUUAGUGGCCCAAAGCAGUAUGUACGUGAAGCAGCUGCCCAGAUAGAAAAUGCUUUGUCCUUGCUACAUUUCGAUGUUCUGCACAUUAAUAAACCUGGUGCUAAGAAAUUCUUUAUAGAAAAUGAAGAUAUGUAUGUUACCACAGUUAAAAACAAAUUUAAUUGUUUUGUAAAUUUGCUGAAGGAUGGAGAAGAUGACUUAAUUGAUGAAGUGAGUCUUGCUGAACCUGUCUUCCAGGUAACACUGCCUGAAGUGGUUAUUGCAGUUUAUAAAGGUGAUCUGACCCGUCACUGUGUUGAUGUUUUGAUAAAUGCUGCAAAUGAAGAUCUGCAGCACAUUGGAGGACUGGCAUUGUCUCUGUUGAAUGCUGCAGGUCCCAAAUUACAAACUGAUUGUGAUCAAAUUAUUAAACAAAUGGGAAAAAUACAAGUUGGGCAUUCGGUAAUAACUGAUGCUGGCAAUCUACCAUGCAAGCAGGUUAUACAUACAGUUGGACCUAGAUUUAAUUCACAGUCAAAAUGUCAACGUCUACUGAGGAAUGCUAUAGAGUCAAGCUUAGAACUUGCUGCAGAGAAUGGUCAUAGCUCCAUUGGAAUCCCAGCUGUUAGUUCAGGAAUCUUUGGCUUCCCUGAGGACUUAUGUGUGCAUACAAUCGUGGAAUCUGUCCAGCAGUUUGUGGAUCGUCAAGAAAAAAACAGCAUUAAAAGGAUUCAUUUUGUGGAUACUAGUGAUACGAUAAUUCAAUGCUUCAUUAAUGUUUUAAAAGCUAAGUUUGGAGAUCAAAAUUGUGAAGCCUCUGCAAAACAUAGCACUAAAGGAAGGGAUGAAAUACAAAGGCCAUCUGUAGACACGGGAAAAAGUAGAGAAAAGUGUAAAAUGGUCACAACUAAAGAAGGUGUUAUCAUACAAAUUAUCCAAGGAAACAUUCAAGACCCAAACACUGAUGUCAUUGUAAACAGUGUUGGAAAGGACCUUGAUCUGGACAGUGGAGCAGCUUCAAGAGCUCUUUAUCAGAAAGCUGGUAAAAGACUACAACAACUCCUAAAUGAAGCAAGCAAAGGUUCCCAAGUGGAUGAAGGCAGUGUGUAUGUAACAGAGGGGUGUGCCCUGUCCUGUCACAAGGUUAUUCAUUUUGUAACUCCACACUGGGACAAUGGAAAAGGUGCUUCUGAGAAGAUGCUAAGGCAGAUGUUAGAUAACUGCCUGGCAAUAACAGAGAAUUCAAAUAUGAAAUCUGUAAGUUUUCCUGCAAUUGGAACUGGACGUCUUGGUUACCCACCUACAGUGAUUGCUAGUUUAAUGUUUGAUGAGAUUCUCAACUUCAGCAGCAAGAAUAAGAUCCAGCAUCUUCAGGAGGUCAUCCUUGUACUCCAUCCAAAUGAUGUGGAUGUUCUCAAGGCAUUUUCUGAUGAGCUUGAGAAUCGAAUUGAAGCAAAAGCAGGUGAUCCCAGUAAUCCGACCAAAGCAAGUUAUGAAAAAGCUUUCUUUGGAAAUGUAACAACGUCAACAUUGGGAGUUCAUGAAAUGAGGAUUGGAUCCAUUAUUUACCAAGUUCAGACUGGUGAUAUAACAAAAGAAAACACAGACAUCAUUGUAAAUUCAUCAAAUGCCAAUUUUACACUCAAAUCAGGAGUCUCAAAGGCAAUUCUAGAGGCUGCUGGGCAGGGAGUGGAAAAUGAAAGUGCUCAACUAGGGUCCAAGACUAACAAUGGCUACAUUGUCACAAAAAGUGGAAAUCUACCCUGUAAGCAUAUUCUUCAUGUUUGUGGAAGGAACAAACCAGACCACAUAAAACAAUGUAUCCCUGUUUAUCUGCAAGAAUGUGAGAAGCUCCAGGCCACAUCUGUUGCCCUUCCAGCCUUUGGAACAGGUGGAGGUGGUAUCCCUUCUGCUGCUGUGGCUGAUGCCAUGUUAGAUGGGAUUGUGGAUUACGCCAGAUCCAAAUCGUCCCCUACAUUAAAGACAGUGAAAGUUGUUAUUUUUCAGCCGCAAAUGUUAAAUGACUUCUACACAAGUAUGAAAAAGAAGGAGGAAAUGGACCCGCCCAAGCAAGAAUCAUGGUUUAGUAGAUUGACAUCUGACUUAUUUGAUUAUUUCAAAAGAAACCCUAAGUCAGAAGAAGAACUUAAAGUAUUUGAAUUGAAUGAAAACAUUGAGCCCGCUAUUUUCCACAUCUGCGGUGAAAACAAUGAUAGUGUGAAGAAGGCUUCAUCUUGGCUCAGUGAUCUUAUAAUAAAAGACCAGCAGGAGAACAAAAUCACAGAUGACUGGAUUAGGGAUUUUAAAGAGCAGGAGCAUCAGAAGUUAACAGAUCUUCAGAAGAAAUUUCAAGUCUUAAUUUCUUUUGAUUCUCCCAAUUGUACUAUCACAGUUUCAGGUCUUACCAGAGAUGUUUUCAAAGUAUCCAAUAAAAUUCAAGAAAUGACUAAGGAAAUAAGAGAUAAGAAAACCGAGGAGCGAGAAGCAGAACUCUGUAAUAACUUGGUGGAGUGGCGAUAUCAUAAAGGCUCACAAUUUGGGUCCUUUAAUGCAUCUAAGAACUGGGAACUGGAAAAAGCCAUGAAGGAAAAUAGGCAAAGUGUUCAUAUUGACAUUUUAGGUGUAAAACACACUGUUAAUAUGGAACUGAAAACUGCCUUUGAUUCAAGUGGUAAUUCAGUUACUAUUGAACGAAUCCUUAAACAUGGGCACUCCUCUGAAUUACCCGCAAAUUGGGAACAAAUGAAUAAUGAUCUACUGAAGAUAGUGCAACUGAAUCCUGGAAUGCAAGAAUACACAGAUGUCCAGAACAAGUUUGUAAAGACGUGCAAUUUGAGAAUACUUAAGAUCGAGAGAAUACAAAACCAACCACUCUGGUUGAACUACCAGAUUAAGAAGAAGAGCAUUGAUACCAAGAAUGGAAACACAAACAACGAGCAGCAGCUUUUCCAUGGGACGGCUCCUGAUACAGUAAAAAAUGUCAACCGCAACGGAUUCAAUCGCAGUUAUGCUGGGUUGAAUGCUGCAGCUAUUGGAAAUGGAACAUAUUUUGCCGUAAAUGCUAAUUAUUCUGCACAUGACACCUACUCCAGGCCUGAUCAAACAGGACAGAAAUACAUGUAUCUUACCCGGGUACUCACAGGGGUAACGACUCAAGGGCGAAGCGGAAUGGUUGCACCUCCAGCCAAGAAUCCAAAUGAUCCUACAGACCUGUAUGACAGUGUAACAGAUAAUACUGCACAGCCAUCUAUGUUUGUGAUAUUCAAUGACAUCCAGGCUUACCCCGAGUAUCUAAUCACCUUCUCAAGAUAGAUCGGAAUUUGGUGGCGCUAUACAAAUAAAUGAUAAUAAUAAUAAUAAUCUCUUCUUAUCUAAUCACCUUGGUCUAGAUUACAAGUGGAGCACAAUCAGUAGCACGGGGGUGUUAAUUUUUGUGCAAGCUUGUGCAAAGAAUAACACACAAUCUAGUAUUACAAGCGGGGAUUUAAAUAUUUUACCCUAACUUCUUAAUGUGGCUGAAAAGUUUUUAGCGCAACCCAUGUUUUUAAUGUAUACAGCAUGGAGCUUCAAAGGACAUGAAACCCAAACAUGUAUUUCAUGAAUCAGGUAGAACAUAUCAUUUUAAACAACUUUCCAAUUUACUUCUAUUAUUUAAUUUGCUUCCUUCUCUUGUUAUCCUUUGUUGAAAGGUUUAUCUAGGAGUAGCAAAACACCUAGGUUCUAUCUGCUUAUUGGUGGCUGCAUUUAUAUACCGAUUGUCAUUGGCUCACCCAUGUGUUCAGUUAGAAACCAGAAGUGCAUUGCUGCUAAUUUAACAAAUGAUACCAAGAGAAUGAAGCAAAUUUGAUAAUAGAAGUAAAUUGGAAAGUUUUUUUCAAUUAUAUGUUCUACCUAAAUCAUGAAAGAAAAAUUUUAGGUUUCAUGUCCCUUUAAUCCAAAAUACCAAUGUAAAAUGUAGCACUUUUUACAACCUGAAGUAAACCAUUAUUAUUAAUAGAAUUUCACAGAACUUCAUGAAGAAUUUAACUACUUCACCAUCAGCUUAGCACACCCUCGGGUUGGCACUCGAUUGAUAUCCAACAUGAAUUUUACUGUAAGACCCCAUAGAAGUCUAUUUUGUAAGGAAAUUAUAGCACCCACGCUAUACAAAUUACAGAUGUUAUGCGGCCUAGACACUAUCACUUAUAUGCUAAACAAUAGAAGCGCUAUUCAUUAUGCUACUAUUUUUGCGUUCCACUUGUAAUUUAGCCGUUUAUCUUUUAUUGGAAUAUUGUUUCAUAGGUGUAGUCUGUUAAGGUUAUUGUAAUUAAAAUUAUAUUAACAGUACUUUAAUAACAUUAUUAACAAGUAUCUGUUAAGAUGCUAAUUUAAUUUUGUUUAUGUCAAAUUAUUGUCAUUAUUGCAGGUGAUUUAAAGGGACAUGAAACCCCAAAUUUUUCUUUCACGAUUCAGAUAGAGAUUACAAUUUUUUUUUUUUUUAAUUCUUUAUUUUAUUCCAACAAAGCAAGAUAAUUAUAAGUGCAAAAAAGAAAUAGAUUUAACAAUUUGUUAAAUGGCACAAGAAAAUAAAUAAAAAGCUUGUUAUACAUGUCAUAUCAUAUCAUUUUACUAGAUUCUUGUACUAACAUUUUCAAACUUAACGGUAGUACAACCAAAAUUUAUUAUUAAUGUUAAGAUUAAUUUUGAUUUUUAACCUCGUUAUAUGCUUUGUUGUUUUUUUCUUAAUUAAUAAAAAAAGAACAAGAGAAAGAUAUUACUUAGAUUUUUACCAGUUUGUUUUGUAUUAUAAUAUAUUGGACCUGUGGUUGAAGAGGAAAAAAAAAAAAAAAAAAAAAAAAAAAAUUACCAUAAAUUUAAAAGAACAAUUUCAGUAUUCCGAAAUGGGUAUAUUAUCUUAUCUAUUUCACCCGUAGGGAGCGAUUUAAUAAAUUUUGACCAUUUUUGAAAAAAUCUCUUUAUUUCAGAUUCUAUAUUUAGAUCUGUUGCUAGUUGCUCAACCAAGCAUUGUUUUUUGAGAUAAUUCUUAAGUUCUACUAUUGAUGGUAUUGUGCUAUUCUUCCAUUCUUUAAAUAUCAGAUUUCUGGAUGCGAGGAUAACUAAAUUUAUAAUUGCUAUUUCUUUUAAGUCUGAGUUCUUAUCCUUUAAGAAGAUAAUAUCUAUGUCUGAAAACCUGAAAGAGGUUAUUUUCAAGGCUUUCUCUAUCCAGAAUUCGACUUUAAGCCAAAAUUGAUAAAUUUUAGGGCAGGACCAUAUCAUAUGUAUUAUAUCGGCAGCAGGUAGCCUACACUUGGGGCAUUUAUUAAAGUUUAAGUUGUGCCAUCUAUAACCUUUGUCUGGAGUAUAAUAAGCUAAGUAUAUUAAUCUGAUAUGGGAUUCCCUCCAGGUCUCUGAGAUAGUAGCCUUAUGAAGCAGGGCUAAGGAACGUAUUACUUGAUGCUCUAGGCCAUGUUCGUACAUAAGAAGAUUCAGCCAUUUAUGCGCUAUAUACGCAAUAUUUUUUUCUCCCUCAUAGCUGAGCAAGAGAUUAUACCAAGAAGAGAUAGAUGUUAGUCCUGCUCUGAUUAAGACCGACCAAUUUUCCAGCUUACCCCAUGACCAACUCUGCGAAAAUUUACUGAUUAGUUGAAACGUGUAGUGUCUAGCUUGGAGAUAAGUGAAAAAAUCACGAUUAUCCAAGUUAUACUCUUGUUUCAACUCUUCAAAAGCUUUUAUAUUUUCUGUCUCUGAAUUAAUGAGUUGACUUACAUAGUAUAUCCCAUGUUGCUUCCAUUUUAGUAAUAAUGGUGACUGUAAGCCUUCCUGAAAUUCUGGGUUUCCUAUGAAUGUUUGAUAUUUUGGAAUAUUUGUAUUAACUCCAACUUUUUUCCCAAUUUUAUUCCAGGCCUGAAUGAUCGUAUAAAUUGUUUUAAUUUUUCUCACUUGUUUAGGUAUUAACUGGGAGGGAAGAUGUAAAAGAGAUGUUGGUAUAAAAGGAAAGAUCAUAUUUAAUUCCAGUUCGUUAUCUGUAAAAUGAUCUGCUGCUGAUAUCCAGUCUGCAGCUAUGCGUCCUAGCAUGACUAAAUUGUAUAAAUGUAUAUCAGAGAGGGCCAUACCUGCAAAUUGCCUAGGUAGAGUUAAUUUCUGAAGCGAGAUUCUAGGCUUUUUAGACUGCCAUAUAAAACGUCUAAGAUUAUAGUUAUAGAGAUUACAAUUUUAAACAACUUUCCAAUUAACUUCUAUUAUUUAAUUUGCUUCCUUCUCUUGUUAUCCUUUGCUUAAAUGUUUAUCUAGGCAAGCUCAGGAGCAGCAGAGAAACUAGGUUCUAGCUGUUGAUUGGUGGCUGCAUAUAUAUAUAUAUAUCAAUUGUGAUUGACUCACACAUGUGCUCAGUUAGAAACCAUUAGUGCAUUGCUGCUCCUUCAACAAAUUAUACCAAGAUAAUGAAACAAAUUAGAUAAUAGAAGUAAAUUAGAAAGUUGUUUUAAAUUAUAUUCUCUAUCUGAAUCAUGAAAUAAAUAAUUUGGGUUUCAUGUCCCUUUAUUAUGCUUCCGGUAUAAUGUGUUAUAUAAUUUAUAAAACCAUUUUUUUAUAAUUGUGGUUAUUUUUUUUUAAUAUCUGCUAAAUUCUUUAUGAUAUAUUUAUUAUUUGUCAUAAUAUAGCUUUGCAAAUUUUAAACUCAUUAAACACAGCAAAUUCCUUUACUGAAUAUUAAAGGGCACUAUUUAAACAUGUUGUUAAAAUUAUUAUUUGCAUGAAAGGAUUUAAAGUGAAAGUCUAUUGAAACAAAUAAAGGGGACUUUCAUUCAUGAAGUAUAAGAUACUUCAUGUAGAAAGCUGCUUUAUUUGAUUCAAUCGAUCGCCGCUCUUAGCUGCUACAGCAGCCCACGGCUAAAAAAAAUGUGGCUAAGAGGUGACGUUUUCACCUCUUGGCCAAUAGCCGUGCGGUAAAUCCGGCUCCCAUGGGCGCCAAGCCGGAUUUACCGCACGGCUAUUGGCUAAGAGGUGAAAACGUGGGCUGCUGUUCAAACGGCGAUCGAUUGAAUCAAAUAAAGGAGCUUUCUACAUGAAGUAUCUUAUGCUUCAUGAAUGAAACGCCCCUUUAUUUGUUUCAAUAGUAAAUCCUAGCGUUUGUAAAACGUUAGGAUUUACUUUCACUUUAAAAUAGCUUAUUUUUAUUUUGAAUUCAACAGGAAAGCACUAAAUGACCCAUGGGAUAGGAGCUCGCUGGCUGAAAAGUAUUAGAACAAAAACAGUUUGAUUGUUUAGCAGAUGUAUAUGAAUAAACUGAAAGACAUAAUAAAAUACCCUCUUUUAAAGGGAAGUUUAACGGGUAUAA